ACGGCAUGCCAGAAAGAGCAUGAUUUUUUCCUCGUCUCUGUGUCUAUACCGAGCAGGAGACAACUUAGCCGAUGAUGCUUUCCAGAGAUGAUAUAACGUUACCUCGGGGAGGCUAUGCCCCGCGUCCCGUUAGGACGCUGUCAUACUGCUUCAGUCCGGAGUACGCGCUUGCUCGUUGCUCCAUGGUAUACAUUGAGCUCCUUCCAGCAGGAGUUUUAUAGCACGCUGACAGUUGCUUUAAAUUAGAAAAGCUGGCAACUGUCCGAGGAAAGGAGUGGGAGCUUAUUUAGCUGAGACAGACAGUUACAAAACUCAAUGCACGAGCAUCAAGCUUCAAACAAGUUUUCGUGAAGUUUAUUUGUCAUCGAGGCACUCGAAGUGGGUUUAACAGAUCUUGGAUCACCAACAAUUACCUGGUGGCUUGAAUUUACAGCUCCUACAGCACGACCCAAAAGAAACGUGUUGCUUUUCCCGAAAAAAAAUUGGUGUUAUCUACUCAAACGUUAAGGCCUUCGGAGCUUUAUUUGUGUAUAACAGACACUGCAGCCCUCUGUCGCGUGAGUGCUAAAGACAGGCCCCACUGCAGCUCCAGCACGCACCCUUCCUGCUCCUGAAGGUGUUAUUUCAUCUCCAGUGUCUGAGAGAAACCUGUGGACUCUGAUUUGCUUCUGUGCUGUAAAUUAGCUUUGAAGGAAUGGACAACCCAAACAAAACCCCCCACAGACGCGUUCUGAGAAUCCAGCCAGUGAGCUAGAAGAAACAGCUUGAUUCACAAAACCUCACCUGACCCAUGACUGAGUCUCAGCUAGUGCAACACUAACUUCAGACACCUUUGUGUAUCAGAUCCAAGGAUGUUUGUGUUGCUUUACGUUACAAGCUUUGCCAUCUACACAAGCGAACAACCUCUUCAAAGCCAGUUCAAAGGAGAGAAUUACUACACCAAAUACAUUUGUAGCAUCCCCGGGUUGCCAGGCCCCGUGGGUCCCCCUGGAGCUAACGGAUCCCCAGGGCCACACGGACGCAUUGGUCUUCCUGGAAGAGACGGUAGAGAUGGCAGGAAGGGAGAAAAAGGUGAAAAAGGGAGCGCAGGUUUAAGAGGAAAAACUGGGCCGUUAGGACCAGCUGGAGAGAAAGGAGACCAAGGCCAGUCUGGUAAAAAAGGACCUGGAGGACUGGCUGGUGCCAAAGGUGAAGUAGGUCCAGCUGGACCACCUGGACCUAAGGGAGAUAAAGGAGACCGAGGAGAGCCAGGUGCACCGGGGGUCUGUAAGUGUGGACAGAUCGUGCUGAAAUCUGCCUUUUCUGUUGGCAUCACCACCAGCUACCCCGAGGAAAGAUUACCGAUUGUGUUCAAUAAAGUCCUCUUCAAUGAGGGUGAGCAUUACAACCCUUCCACGGGGAAGUUUAUUUGUGCCAUCCCAGGGAUUUAUUAUUUUUCUUAUGAUAUCACCUUGGCAAACAAGCACCUUGCGAUUGGGCUGGUUCACAAUGGGAAGUACCGGAUAAAGACAUUCGAUGCCAACACAGGAAACCACGACGUAGCUUCUGGAUCUACGGUCAUCUACCUUCAGCCAGAAGAUGAAGUAUGGCUCGAGAUCUUCUAUGCUGACCAAAAUGGUCUCUUUUCAGACCCAACAUGGGCAGACAGCUUGUUUUCUGGAUUUCUCUUAUAUGUCGAUACAGAUUAUCUCGAUGCUUUAUCAGACGAAGAUGACCUCUGAAGCAGAUGACAUCGAAUCACACCCAUACUGGACACUCCAGCACAGGAUUUUAUCUAGCCAUGUGUGGGACACAAAACUGAGAAGGACCAAUCUGGGAGUUGAAUUUUGCUUUGACAGGAACCAAAUCUGAGUUCAGAUGGAUGUUUCUAGAAUCUAAGCUGGAUUCUUUACCAAACAGCAGGGAUAUCUAAAGGAACAAUAAUUAAUAAAAGACUGCAUUGCUCCAGGACUGACUGCUCUCGAAAGUUAUGUUGAUAAUACUAUUUAAACAAAUUUAAGAUACUGUACAUUGGAUUUUAUAUAAAAUAUAUAAAGUUGGAAUGUAGAAUGGAUAUUUUGUAUAUGAUAUUAAAAUAAAAUUGAACAAUUGACAGCAA